AUGCCUGCGGCACGACAGAUAAAUGCUUUCGAGCCCCCGCCAUCCUCGAUACUCGUGACGCAUGUCGUACAUGGAAAUGGAGUGCACGACUUCGACCAAGACAGUUUCAACCAGCUACUGGCCGAAGCAUCGGGCUCUGACGACCAAGGUCAAUCCAACCUGGGAGGUGACGUGGCCGUGAAUCAUAAAUUGAUCUGCAUCGUCUUUCAGAUCGGCAUUGAGCCCAGCCUCGAGGAGAACCCUUUCCGUGCUGCGACCGCCGGAGGUAAGGGCAAUUCUCAGUUACGGACCUGCCUGGAAGUCGUUCGAGUUGCUAUUGAGCGGUCGCAGCAAGUUAUCUUUGUGAAAUCGGACCGCCAAGGCAUUGGGGCGUCUACAAAAGCGUGCUCACUCUACUCUUGGCUCAUUCCUACCCUCUUGCCUUUGGUUGCCUCAGACCAAACAGAAGACAUCAGGGAUGCGGUGCUAGAGCUUUUUGACUCCAUAGUGGAUGCCGACAGGAAGUGCUCUCCAUCCUCCUCUUCUGACGUGGUAUUGAGCUUCUUGAGGAACUCAGUCUCGAGUAUUUUUUCCCUUGCUGAAUCGCUCCUCCCACUCCGGCCAGCCGCUCCGGUCAUUAUAGAUGGAGAAGACUUUGCGUCGAACAUCACACAACUCACGCACGGCCUCGAAGUCAGCGUACCCAGCCUCAAGUUUCCGUCCUCUCGUCUGCUGGUGUUGGCGCUGGCCCGCGUGUUGAAGCUGUUGUCGAAACACUCUGGAUCGCCACAACACAGCAUACAGCUUCGAAAGGUCUUCUCUCGAUUCCGCCAAUUUGUCGACGACAACGAGGAUGCCGUAGUCAAUAGUGAAGAGCCUGAGGGGAUUGAGCACGAGAUCCGCGGCUUGAGUAUUAGACCUGUCAAAAAUCUGGCGAAACCUCCUGCAGAUACCACAGAAACAUGGCCUGAUAGCGAUCGAGCACGCAAGAGACUACGUCUAUCUACCAACAGUGAGGAUGGCUUACCAAAUGGUUCCGCCCAGCAGAAAAUUUGUCGCAGUCUCACUUUUGAAUUGACUGGACGUGGUGUUCCCGAUCUUGACGGCCUGGCCCAGACAGCGUCUGUGAACUUCAGGAGCCUAUCAGAGGACAAACAAUGCGCCGUGCUCGAACUGCUAGGCAUAAGCGCCUGUCAACUCGCUUCAUCAUCUACCGGUCCCCAAUGUUCGAACUGUGACGAGGCACACGGAGCACCAGAUUCGAACCCCGUCUUAGUAACACCUUCCAGCGGGGAGCUGCUGCGAACACUGCUUCUGCUAGUUCAAAAUAUCUCCCGUCAUUCCCGUGCAAGGGUCGUCGCUAUGGUUGCUCUUCGUCGGACUAUACUACACACGAGUUCAGAUGAGGACCUGAAGCUGGGUCAGACACCUGCUGGCGAUUGGUGUCUCCAGUCGCUCAAAAGUUCUUCAAGGGACCUCAGAAUCGUGGCAGCCAGAACUCUGCAAGUCUACGUGAUGCAGAGGCGGCGUGUUAGCGUUGCCCUUGCACGCGAGAACAGACUUACGGCCUUAGACUUCCUCCAAAACCUUUGGCAAAAGGGAGAGGUGUCACUGCAGGAGACUGUCAUCAUGGCUUUGACCCAAAUGGCACAAGUUGUUGGAGAUGAAGAGCUAAACAUCAUUUUGCUCCGGCUAGUCGAAUACCUUGGCCAUACUAACCCAUAUAUCAGCGGCCUGGUCUACGCCGAAAUCCAGCAUCUUGCACAGUGCCUGCAGACGUCCGUGUGGGUUCUCUUCCGGCCAUUCUGGAGGACGCUGGGAGUGGUCUUCGCGAAAUCUCUAAUGUCUCGGCCGAACGCUGCGCAGCAAAUGUGUGAUUUGCUCGGAAUGGACAUGUCGAGUCUGAUGGGCCAUGCGACGGAAUUCGCCCUUCCCUAUCUAGUCUUGCACAAAGCUCACGAAGUGAUCAGGAAAUUUGCUGAGGCCAAUGGCCAGUCCGCCACGCCCUUCGACAUAUGCACUCAAGGACCAAAUCUUGUCGCCAUUCUUUCGUUCCUCUUGGUACAGCCCUUUCCUGAUGCGGAACAGUCUAUCAUGUCAAUCUUGUCAGAGGUGUCUGGAGACUUUGCCAGAGCCGAUCUCGCCGACUGGGCUGCUGAUUCCAUUCAGAUUGCCUGUACAUUGCUCAAAGCCAUCGGAGACACUGGACAAGGAAAGUCGUCCCGCAUCUAUCAUGGUCUGCAACUCCUCGCCCAACUGGUUGCUCGUCAGCGUGGGCAAUCUGGCUCAAAACGAAGCGACAGCAUUGGGACAUUUUUGGAGAAUAACGUUCUUGCAAUUGUCACGCAGUUCACUGUUCUGUUGAAUGACCUAGAGGCAAAAGAGUCGAAAAACGAAAAGCGACGAUGUCUGGCUGCACUGGGUGAGAUAGUCAAGCUGGGCAAGAGUCGCAUUGUACGUGCUCUGCCGCAAAUCUGUACUUGUCUGCGCUCGGGCCUGGACGAUCCUAAUUUGUGCGACGCCGCAUUCGCCUCGUGGGCAGCCAUGAUCACAUCUCUGAAGAAAGAGGACUUGGAACCUCUCGUUGAACAGACCUUUGCGAUGAUCGUCCGAAACUGGGAUACGCUCGAUAGCUUAUCACAACAGUUAGCUCACAACGUCGUUGCUGAUCUGAUCAGGAAGCAUUCAGAUCUGAUCCGGAAACACUUCAGCACACUCCCGUCAUUAGCUUCAAUUCCCUCCAUGGCCGAUCUCGAAUCGGAAAUCGUCGGCUUGAAAGGUCAAAUGGAUGACCGGCAAAGGCUGAACGCCUAUGUGCAGAGACUGAAGGAUGAGAAUAACGCGGUGAUUGAACAAACUUUGGUUGAGCUCGCACCGCUUCUACGGCGAAAACAAGAUCUUUUGCAGAGAUCGAUCCUUCAAGAGCAGCCGGACGAGCUUAUUGCAGAGUUGACCCGUGCACUGCUCAACUGCUGCGUCAAGUUCAACUCGAGUAAUGAGGUAACGCAGCUGUGCGGCCAGUGUCUGGGCAGUAUAGGUUGCCUCGAUGCCAGCAAGAUCGACAAUGUGAAAGACCGCAAAAUGAUGGUGGUACUGGCGAAUUUCAGCAAGGCGGACGAGGUCAUUCGGUGGAUCUUCUUCUUCCUCGAGCAUGUCUUGGUCAAGGCCUUCUUGUCUGCGAACACCACUCGGGCUCAAGGCUUCCUCGGUUGGGCUAUGCAGCAGCUCUUGAAGUCUUGUGGGCUGGACGCGCCGUCAAAAGCCCUGGGUGAAAGUCUGACUGCGCAGUUAUGGGAUGAAUUGCCCGCCUCCAUUCAGAACGUCCUAAUACCAUUUACGACCUCGAAGUAUACAGUGCUCGAAGUGCGAGCUCCGGAAAAGAGUCAAUAUCCUCUGUUCGCUCCCGGUAUGAGAUACCGCGACUGGCUUCGAACAAUCACGCUGGAUUUCCUCCACCAAGGCACCGGAGAGAACGUCGACAUUGUCUUCUCUAUCUCCUGCCGCAUCAUACAUGGACAAGAUAUUUCGAUCCCUGCGUUUCUAUUACCGUAUGCAGUUGUCAACCUCAUCGUCAACGGCAUUGAGCGGGACAGUCAAGAUAUUGUGGCCGAGAUCAAUUCCAUUUUCGGUCAAGCUCUGGAUGGUCACAGUCAACGAGUGCAAGAGGACAUAAAGUUAUGCAGCCAGACAAUGUUUGAGGUACUUGACUACAUGUCUACUUGGCAGCAACAAAGGCGGAAGCAAUAUGCCGGCACCAUAGCCAAGCCAGACCGAGGGCUCAACGAUCCACUCUCGAACAAUGCUGUUGCUCAAAUUCGAAGCAUAGAGCGUGUACUUGAACAGAUCGCUCCAGAUGUCCUAGCCCGAAGAGCACUGGAGUGCCGGUCUUAUUCAAGGGCACUGUUUCACUGGGAGCAACACAUACGCAAAUCGAAUCAAGACGACAUUGAGGGAGAACUCCAAAGAUUGCAAGACAUAUAUGCUCAGAUCGAUGAACCAGACGGAAUUGAGGGCAUCUCUGCUCGGAUGCAUGUUCUGGACAUCGAGCAGCAGGUCUUGGAGCAUAAGAAGGCCGGACGUUGGACUGCAGCUCAGAGCUGGUACGAAAUGCAGCUUGUGGCUCAUCCGGAAGACAGCGAUGUGCAGAGAAACCUAAUGGAAUGCCUCAAGGAGUCGGGACAAUAUGAUGCCCUGAUUCACCACUUCGAUGGGAUCAAGAGCCGCAACAGCAAUUCAUCUACCGUGCUUUCACCUUAUGCGAUUGAAGCAGCCUGGGCCACAAGUCGCUGGGAUCUUUUGGCCAGCUACAUCCCGCAAGUUGGCGGAUACGAUUUUGCUUCCCACAUUGCAGACAUCAUGCUGGCAGUAAAGAGUGGGGACGAUGCGAGAGCCGUCCACCUCGUUUCCGAAGUAUACCGAACAACAGCUUCAGAGCUCAACCAAAGCAACAUCUCUUCAUUCCAAGCGAGUCAUCACACAUUACUCAGAUUGCACGUGCUUAACGACGUGCAGCUCAUCAUGGAAAGCCGCAAAGAAGACCGUGGGGCGGUGCUGGAUAUCUUACGAGGCCGUCUGGAUGUUCUUGGAACCAACGUCGCCGAUAAGCAAUAUCUACUCGGGGUCCGCCGUGCCGUCAUGUCCUUGAGACCCGAGGUUUUCACACUGGAUGAUGUCGCAGCCGCGUGGCUCUCAAGUGCCAGGCUCGCACGGAAAGCCCGGUCAACCACCCAAGCUUUCAAUGCCGUCCUCAAAGCAGCGGCUCUCGGCGACAAAUCUGCCGCCAUUGAACAGGCGAAGCUUAUGUGGUUGGAGGGGCAUCACCGCAAGGCCAUUCAGACGCUCGAGGGAGCGAUCGAAUCGGGUGCAUUUGUGGCACAUGACCACAUGUCAGAAAAUGGCCCAACCACAAUGACUGUGGAGCAGCGACACCUGCAGAAUGCAAUGACGGCUCAAGCCCACGUCCUACUCGGCAAGUGGCUCGCACAGGCCGGGCAGACUCAAUCGGAGGUUAUCAGGAAGACCUUCAGAAAGGCCACAGAGAGCUUCAGCAAGGGAGAGAAAGGCUGGUAUCACCUCGGUCGCUACUACAACAAGAUGCUUGACUCUGAACGGGCAAUGCCGCCAGGUAAAGAAAGUCAAACAUAUCUGACGGGGGAAACCACCAAACACGUCAUCGAGAACUAUCUGCGGUCGCUUGCCAAUGGCAGCAAGUACGUCUUUCAGACACUGCCAAAAGUGCUGACUCUUUGGCUCGAGCUCAUCGACGGAACAGAGCCUGCCAGGGAUGACCGACGGGGUAACCUGGAGUUUCACACCAAGGUGGCAAACCAACGAAAGCGCGUCAUUGAUGAGACCAACAAUCAGAUCAAGAAGUACAUGGAUCGACUGCAACCAGUCCUCCUCUACACCAUUUUACCGCAGCUUGUUGCACGAAUCUGCCAUCCCAGCAAAACCGUUCAGGAGAUCCUGUUCAACAUCGUGAUCCGAGUGGCAAAAGCCUUCCCACAACAAGCACUUUGGACGCUGUUGGCAGUGGUGGAGUCUCAGCAGAAAGACCGGGCCUUGAAGGGGACCCAGAUCGUAACUAAGCUCGUCGAAGUCACGAAGAAGUCAAGCAAGGACUCAUCUGCUGCCGAGAUGAGAAGCAUGUUUACUAAUGGCCACAAGUUCGUCAAGGAGCUGCUCCGCAUCUCUGAGUUUCCUAUCGAGGGCAAAGUCUUCCAGGUCAACCUCGCGAAAGACCUGGGCUUCAACCACAAGAUCGCUCCCUCGAAGCUUGUCGUUCCAAACCAAGCGUGCCUUGUUCCCAGCAUGCCCACAAGCUUUGAGCCUGCGCAGCUGAAAGCCUUUCGGCCUUUCGCAAAAGAACCCGUCACCGUCUCUGCAUUCCUUGAUGAAGCACUUGUCCUGAAUUCGCUGCAGAAGCCACGUAGACUUACCAUCCGUGGCUCCGAUGGUAACCUGUACAACGUGCUUGCGAAACCAAAGGACGACCUACGCAAAGACCAACGUCUGAUGGAGUUCAACAACAUGAUCAAUCGCUUCCUCAAACGCGACGUUGAUGCCGCUCGACGAAGACUCUACAUCCGCACCUACGCCGUCAUCCCUAUGAAUGAGGAAUGCGGGCUCAUCGAAUGGGUCGACAAUCUGAAGACCUUUCGCGAUAUCGUCCUCAGGCUAUACAAGGACAAAUCCAUUAUACCAAAUUAUAUCGAGAUCCGGAAGCUCCUGGACGACUCCUGCAGCGGUGAUACCGAGAAAGUGAAGAUCUUCGCCAACAAAGUCCUUGCGACCUUCCCCCCUGUGUUUCACGAGUGGUUCGUUGAAUCGUUUGCAGAUCCGUCGGCAUGGUUCAACGCCCGAUUACGAUACACUCGCUCUGCGGCCGUCAUGUCCAUCGUCGGCCACGUCCUAGGCCUGGGCGACAGACACGGCGAGAACAUCCUCUUCGAAGAAGACAACGGCGGCACAUUACACGUAGACUUCAACUGCCUCUUCGACAAGGGCCUCACGUUUGAAAAGCCCGAGAUGGUUCCCUUUCGACUCACGCACAACAUGAUCGACGCGAUGGGCGCGUACGGAUACGAGGGUCCUUUCCGCCGUUGCUGCGAAAUCACCCUCCAGCUGCUUCGUGGUAACGAAGAUGCGCUAAUGACGAUCCUGGAGACGUUCUUGCACGACCCGACGACAGACUUUAUCAAUUCGGCAGGGAGGAAAAAGAAGGUCGUCCCAGGCGUUCCUAACACACCGGUCGAAGUGCUCGAGGGCGUCAGAGCGAAGGUCCGGGGCUUCUUGUUUGGAGAAAGCGUGCCGCUGAGCGUGGAUGGGUAUGUGGACGAGAUGAUCGGACAAGCUGUCGAUCAUAGGAAUCUGUGCAGGAUGUAUAUUGGGUGGUGCGCCUUCUUUUGA